UCUUAAUAUGACCUCUUCUUUCUUGUAUUAACCACUUGUCUCCAAUUUCUUCACCAGCUGUUCUCUCUCUUUCUCUUUCAAUAUCCUUUCAUUCAAUUAAUUUAUGCAGUAAUUGAGAAAAAGUCACACACAAAAGGAUACUUAUAUUCAUGUGCAAUUUGCUUUCAAGAGAAAGAUCCAGAUAGAUAGAGAGAAACACAACCUGUGCCCAUGGCUGGUCUUCAAAGAUCUGCAGUGUCCUUCAGAAGGCAAGGUUCUUCUGGCUUCGUUUGGGACGACAGGUUCUUAUCAGAGGAACUCAACAAAGUCAACAAUAACCAAGAACAGGACAUCGACAAGGACAAGGACAAGGACGACAUUAAAGACCUUCAUGCACCGCCGCCGCCACUUCAGAGAACCCGCUCCAACGGUGGAACCCGCGGUUACCGCACCGGAAAAGUCUCGCCGGCGAUUGAGCCACCGUCUCCCAGACUCUCUGCAUGUGGGUUUUGCGGCGCCUUUGGAAAAGCAGGGGAUAAGGGGCAACGGGCAAAACCGGCGAAGCAUCGAGCAAGGUAGUUUGUCAAUUGACUCGUCCUUCGACGGUGGUCGGAGAAGGGAUAUUCCGCGGAGGGUUAUAGUCUUUUAUGUAAUGAUUAGUUUUAGGGUGGUAGGGUAGGGCGGGGUUGAAUUCAUGAAUUCGUGUUGCGAACAUGAUGAUGACCUCUCUGUUUUUCUUUCUCUUUUGCCUUUACAAUAUUCAAGUCUCUGUUUUGUGCAAACCUUUUUCCUUUUCUUUUCUAGUUUUUACUUGGAACAGUGUUCAAAUUCUCUUGGAUCAAUGGUUAGCUGGUAGAGAUGUUUAAUCAAUGUUUUAUUUUGGUUGAGUUGAGUACUUGAGUAGUAAUAAUCGUUAUUAUU